GGUAUUUUCCUUUGGAUCCUAAUUAACAAAGAGUGAACAUGGAAAUAACUGCUUGGGAAAUUAUGGACCAUACGCUCCUUAAAAAAAUUCUUCUUGUUUUAUUUUGUACAUUUUUGUUUUGGAAGAUCAUUAGAUACAUGUGUGGUCUUCUCAAAGUUGACAAGGAACCAGUCACAGUAUUAGUCACCGGUGCUGCAGGACAAAUUGGUUAUGCUCUUGUUCCAAUGAUUGCAAGAGGGUUGAUGCUAGGUUCAAAUCAGCCUGUAAUUUUGCAUAUGCUUGAUAUUGAACCAGCAGCAGAGUCCCUUAAAGGGGUGAAGAUGGAACUGAUUGAUGCUGCUUUCCCACUUCUUAGAGGUGUUGUUGCUACUACGGAUGUUGUUGAAGCUUGUAAGGAUGUAAACAUUGCUGUUAUGCUUGGUGGAUUCCCAAGAAAGGAAGGAAUGGAAAGAAAAGAUGUAAUGUCUAAAAAUGUUUCAAUUUACAAGGCUCAAGCUUCAGCUCUAGAGGAGCAUGCUGCAGCAGAUUGUAAAGUGCUAGUGGUUGCAAAUCCAGCAAACACAAAUGCUCUAAUAUUGAAAGAAUUUGCUCCUUCAAUCCCUGAGAAAAAUAUCACAUGUCUUACUAGACUUGAUCAUAAUAGAGCAUUAGGCCAAAUCUCUGAGAAGCUAAAUGUUCAUGUUAGUGAUGUUAAAAAUGUCAUCAUAUGGGGAAAUCACUCUUCAACUCAAUAUCCAGACGUCAACCACGCAGUUGUCACAACAAGUAACGGCCACAAGCCUGUCAGAGAAUUAGUUGCGGAUGAUAACUGGCUAAAUACCGAGUUCAUCACAACAGUUCAGGAGCGUGGGGGUGCCAUUAUCAAAGCGAGGAAAUUGUCUAGUGCAUUAUCAGCAGCAAGUGCUGCUUGUGAUCAUAUACGUGAUUGGGUUUUAGGUACACCUAAGGGAACAUGGGUAUCAAUGGGAGUGUAUUCUGAUGGGUGUUAUGGUAUCCAAUCUGGUCUCAUUUAUUCUUUUCCUGUUACUUGUGACAAAGGAGAAUGGAAUAUUGUACAAGGUUUGAAGAUUGAUGAAUUCUCAAGGGAAAAGAUGGACAAAACGGCCCAAGAGCUCAUUCAAGAGAAAAAAUUGGCUAUGUCAUGCCUUUAAUUGUCUACCCACUUUUACUUUCAAUCCCUUUGCACAUUAAUUUGGUUGUUGGAACCAAAAAAGGAGACUUUCUUGAACCUAAAUAACUGUGGCGUGGGGUACAAUUUCAAUAUUAAAAUUGUAAUCAUAUUAUUAUUAUUAUUUUAAUUGUAUGUUUAUGCAAAACUAUUGUUCAUGUAUUGCUUCACUUUUAAGGUCGUUUGGGAGGAAUAUUAUGUUCUUUAUGAAUUUAAACAAAAA